GAACAAAAAAGUUCAUUUCCUCGGAGGGAAUAAAAACACUAACCACAUAAUUUCUAUAAUUCCAAUUCUGAAUUGAAUUGUCGUUGGGAGUACCGAUACUACCGAUGUUAUAUGGCUGCCUUCUCUGAUAUAGAGCAGCAAAAAUCCUUCACUUAUCUAAGAGAAGUGGAAACUUUGGGCCAAGAUAUUUUGACGUUGAAAGAGCAGAAGAUAGAAGUAGCUAACGCCCAAAACAAAUUUAGAGAAGCCCUUAGAGCUCUGGAAGGUGCGGAGGACAGAAACAGUUGGAUACAGCUGGGUUCCGUUUACGUGCAAAGAACAACUGCCGAAUGUAAAAAUAUUUUGAGGCGCGAAGUCGGCAAAGCAGAAGAUGACCUCAGAAACCUGCAUCAAGAAAUAAAGGACAAAGUACAUAAUCUUCGUGAUUUGGAGCAUGAACCACGAUUGGAAGGUUUCACUUUGAAGCCCUUAUCAUUGGCGGAAGCAAAAGCCCUUCAUAAAGAGACAAAUUAAGCAUGGUUGGGAAAGUCGCAGCUGGCUUUGUUAUAUUCCGAAGGAAAGCCGCGGCAGUUGAGUAUCUACUUUUGCAAACUUCAUAUGGGAUUCAUCACUGGACACCACCUAAAGG